AUGGCAAUUCUUCACAACGAUUUAGCGACUGACAUCAGUCUCAGUGGUGGACUAGUCUUACUCGCUGCAGGACUGGGGUUCUACGCUCUAUUUCGCGCCAUCUACGGUGUAUUCUUCCAUCCACUCACGAAAGUCCCUGGCCCAAAGCUCUACGCCGCCACUCAACUUCCGUAUCUCUACUACCUAACUCGAGGCCGAUGGGUAUAUCGUUUGAAGGAAUUGCACGACCAAUACGGCCCUGUGGUCCGAUAUACUCCCACCGAUGUGUCCUUCAUCACCGCCGAUGCUUACAAGACAAUCUACGGCCACAAAACUGGUGGUGCGAAGGAAUUCGAGAAGGAUCUGCGACUUUACCGACAGAACCGUCCUGCUAAAAAUCUCAUCAUUUCAGAUAACGAAAGCCACAAGCGCCAGCGCAAACUCCUUUCCCAUGCAUUUUCCAACAAGGCUCUCCGCAGCCAAGAAGACCUUUUAAAGCACUACGUUGAUCUUUUCGUCGAGAGGCUUACCCAGCAAGCGAGGGAAGGAAAUGCCGUCGACAUGGUAGCCUGGUACAACUUUGCUACCUUUGAUCUAAUCGGCCAUCUCGCUCUCGGCCAGCCAUUCGGUUGUCUCGAGACGGGAAAAUAUCACCCCUGGGUUCUCAGAAUCUUUAGUAGCAUCAAGGCUAUAAGCUUCUCUCAAGUUGCGAUCCGUCUCGGUCUUCGGAGCUGGUUGGCGACCUUUACACCGGCGCACUUGAUGAAGGCCUCGGCAGAACAUUACGAGUUCACCGAGCAUGCGGCUGGCGCUCGUCUUGAUGUUAAGGAUUCGAAUAGUCAAGAUUUCAUGUGCUACAUUCUUCGCUACAACGAUGAGAGGGGUAUGUCCAGGCCUGAGAUCAUUGAGAACUCUUCUCUUCUUAUUAUCGCCGGUAGUGAGACUACUGCUACGUUGCUAAGCGGUGUUACGUAUCAGCUUUUAACUCAUCGUCAGAAGUAUGACAAGUUGGUCAAUGAAAUUCGGUCUUCUUUCUCUUCAGAAGAGGAGAUCACAGCUACCCGAGUGGAUCAACAGAAGUAUCUACUUGCAGUUCUCUCCGAGGGUUUUAGAAUGUAUCCUCCUGUCCCGGGUGCGCUUGGGCGACUCGCCCCAAGAGGAGGCGAGUUUGUGGAGGGUUACUGGAUGCCUGAAAAUACUGGAGUGUCUUUGCCUCAAUUGCCCGCCUACAGCUCAUCAACCAAUUUCAAGAACCCCCAGGAAUUCAUCCCAGAGCGUUGGUUAGACGAUCCUCUGUACGCCAACGACUGCAAGGCUGUUCUCCAGCCAUUUUCUAUGGGACCUCGAGAUUGCAUUGGCAAAAAUCUGGCCUAUGUUGAAAUGCGCCUUUUGCUAACUAGAUUACUUUGGAAGUUUGAUGUUGAGCUCAUGCCUGAGAGUCGAAACUGGAAUGAUCAAAACAUUUAUCUUCUUUGGGAAAAGGGUCGUCUUCAAGUCAAGCUGACUGAAGUUGUUCGAGAAACCAAGUAG